AUGCCUGGCGAAGGCGGGAAAUCGGAUAUGGAGAGGAUUGGCCUCUUCAGUGAGAUGGAAUAUAUAACUGUUGGUGACAAAUAUGUGUCACCAUUUGAUCGGCCAUUUAAUGAAGCUGCAAGCAAAAAUAAACAGAUGCUACCUGGGGGAUCCAAAGAAAUGUCAGACCUCCAGCCAGGCUACUUUGAGCCCCGUUUUGUAAGGAUUUUUGAAGGUGAAGGUUACGCAAAUAUGAAUCAAAUGAGAAGAAAGCGUAUGAUGGAAGAAUCCAAAAAAAAUAUAGGCAAAGCUUUCCUCCCUAGUAGCGGAGACAAAAAGUCAUGUGGAGUAGGAAGCUACUACGGAACCAUAGGUGGCCCAAUCCCAUUUUUCAGUGCACAGGCUAAACCCAGAGAAAAGUAUGAGGCACCUGGGAAGAAUUUAUACACAAGCCCCGGAAAGAAAGGAACUGGAUAUGGCUAUGCCAAUGUUACGAUAGGUAAACAGUUCACACACUCUGCUGAUGCCUAUGAUGCAGCAAAAUUAAAUUAUAAGAAAGCGAAUGAAGAGCACCAUCGUUUACUCAAAGGGGGGCCUUUCAGGUUAAACCUUUACCCAAAAGAAUAUUUUGAUACCAAUCCUUAUUUUUCUGAGAUGUCUUUACCUCCCAUUAAGAAAGUAGAGAAGAAAGAAGUAGUCCCAAGCCCCUUUAAGCCCUCUUCCCCUGGUAAAAAGGCUGGCGGAAUGAAGGCAGGAACAUUUGAUCCUUACCCUACACAUUCUACUGACCCAUAUAGGGCUAAAUCGGAAAAAACCAGCAAAAUUGCUAAGGUUUUCCACCCCCCAGGCGGACCAAAAAGCAGACCAAUCGAAAGUAUAAUGACUUUGAAUGUCAAAAGGGCAUUGAAUAUGAAGAACUACAAGAAUACUUCAAUACCAUCCUUUUAG